AUGAGUGACUAUUCGAAAAAGUUAAUGACGAAGGCAAUAAAUGAUAUGGAUGCCUUUUUAUCUGAUCUUGGUCUGGCAAGGAAGGCAGUUACGAAGGACGAGACGUGUUUAUUCCGUGCAGUGUCCGAGAAGCUGUUCUUCACUCAAUGCCAUCACAACAAGGUCAAGGAUGCAUGCCUCAACUACCUGUUGAGACAUGAAGAUGAAUAUCAGCCGUUUGUGGCCGAGGCCAUUGAUGAACGAGUUAAUCGUGUCAAGGAAGGGAAGACGAGAGCUGGCCAUCUUGAGAUGAUCGUCAUGUCUCGCAUGUACAGGCUGGAUUUUGUACUUUUCCACACACCGUCCUUGAACCACUACAGUCUCACUGACAACUUUUACAACCAAGUGUUCCUGUGUUAUGUCAAUGACAAUCACUACGAUUUGGUCUACUCCAAGACUUUCCUUCAGACUGCCGCUAUUUGUCAAGGUAGGCCUAUUGAUUGA